GCUCCGAUGCGGGAUGAGGUGCCCACAUUUAAAGUUUUAUUGGGAUGUAAUUGACAUAUAGCCCUGUGGAAAUUUAGGAGGCCCAGCAUAAUGAUGUGACUUCCAUGCGUCAUGAAAGGAUGACCACAAUAAGUUCAGUGACCAUCCAUUGCCUCAUCCAGAUACAACAUUAAAGAAAUAGAAUGAGAGUCUACUUUGAGCGGAUGAGAAGAAUCAGCUGAUGACAACAAACGUGUGGCUCAAGCAGGAAUGGACAGACCACAAAUUACGCUGGAAUCCAGAUGAAUACGGUGGAAUUCAUUCAAUUAAAGUUCCGUCAGAAUCUCUCUGGCUUCCUGACAUAGUUCUCUUUGAAAACGCUGACGGAAGGUUCGAAGGCUCGCUCAUGACCAAGGCCAUCGUGAAAUCCGACGGGACCAUGGUGUGGACGCCUCCUGCCAGCUACAAAAGCUCCUGCACCAUGGACGUCACCUUCUUCCCAUUCGACAGGCAGAACUGCUCCAUGAAGUUCGGAUCCUGGACUUACGACGGGACCAUGGUUGACCUCGUCCUGAUAGACGAGAACGUGGACAGAAAAGACUUCUUCGACAACGGAGAGUGGGAGAUCCUCAACGCCAAGGGCACGGCGGGGAGCAGGAGAGACGGCGCGUACCGGUACCCGUUCAUCACCUACUCCUUCGUGCUGCGCCGCCUGCCCCUGUUCUACACCCUCUUCCUCAUCAUCCCCUGCCUGGGGCUGUCCUUUCUGACAGUGCUUGUCUUCUACUUGCCUUCUGACGAGGGGGAGAAGCUCUCCUUAUCCACCUCCGUCUUGGUUUCCCUGACAGUGUUUCUCCUGGUGAUUGAAGAAAUCAUCCCGUCCUCCUCCAAGGUCAUCCCGCUCAUUGGCGAGUACCUCCUGUUCAUCAUGGUCUUCGUCACCCUGUCCAUCAUCGUCACCGUGUUUGUCAUCAACGUCCACCACAGAUCUCCCUCCACUUACCACCCCAUGGCCCCCUGGGUUAAGCGGCUGUUUCUGCAAAAACUCCCUAAAUUACUUUGCAUGAAGGACCACAUGGAUGGCUACUCUUUCCCGGAUAAAGAGGAGAGUAAACGGGCAGUGAGAGGUAAAGUCCUCGAAAAAAGGAAACAAAAGCAGAUUAGCGAUGGAGAAAAAGUUCUGGUCGCUUUCCUGGAAAAGGCUGCGGAUUCCAUCAGAUACAUUUCCAGCCACGUGAAGAAAGAGCAUUUCAUCAGUCAGGUGGUGCAAGACUGGAAGUUCGCAGCUCAAGUUCUCGACCGGAUCUUCCUCUGGCUCUUUCUGAUUGCGUCUGUCACCGGCUCAGUUCUGAUUUUCACCCCGGCUUUGAAGAUGUGGCUACACAGUUACCAUUAG